UAUCAGUCCUACAGCUGUUGACAAUAAUUGAUGAAAAAAUAUAGGCUUAUAUUUACGUAAACUGAAUGGAAAUAAAUAUGCAACGCAUAUAAUUUUAAUGUAUAUUACAGGAUACAAUCAAACAAAUUAAAAUUAACAAAUAUUAAUUAAGCUCAGAAACUAAAUCUAUUGUUUAAAAACUUUCUUAUUUUUUUUUGAAUAAUCAUCCUGAGAGGAAAACGCAUUUACAUAAAAUACUACAAGCCUAUUUAAUUUCAACCGAAAAAAUGAGCAAUACAGAUUUGCUGGAAAUUUGUGGUAAUGAGUUGGUACAAGUUCUGCGCACACACUCGGAGCACUUCACUUCGGGUGGCUGUGUGGUGCUGGACUGCAGACCUUUUCUCUCCUAUUCCCGGGCUCAUAUAUGUGAAUCACGGAACGUCAACUGGAACUCCAUGCUCAGGCGAAGAUCCAAAACCUCUGUGGUCAGUCUGGAGUGGCUGCUGCCGGACAGGUCGUUGCUGAGUCGGCUGCGCGCCGGAGACUUCUCAUCCGCGAUAGUCCUAGACGAGAACAGCCGAUCCAUCGGUGACUUGAAAAACGAGAGUCUGGCCAGUAUGCUACUUGCAGCACUUCAAGCUGAGAUUGAACCGGGUACCACUCAGAUCUGCUUUUUACAAGGCGGAUUCGACAGUUUUUCUGCCACAUACCCAGAGUUGUGCGUUUACGCAUCGGCCGACUGGGGAACACAGCCUUCCUUUAGGGACCCCGAACACGGCUUAUCCGGAAGGACUACUCCAUUGUACGAUCAGGAUGGUCCAGUGGAGAUUCUGCCCUUCCUGUUUUUGGGUAGUGCCCAUCACUCAUCCCGACGGGAGACCCUGACAGAGCGUGGCAUCACAGCCGUACUCAACGUGUCCUCAUCCUGCCCCAAUCUGUUUGAGGCUGAGCUCCGCUACAUGACCUUGCGUGUUGAGGACAGCUUGGCGGCGGACAUCCGAGCCCGAUUCCCGGAGGCCAUCCACUUCAUCGACUCCGUGAAGGAGAGUGGAGGGCGCGUCCUGGUGCACUGCCAGGCCGGCAUCUCGCGCUCGGCGACCAUCUGCCUGGCCUACCUGAUCCAUUCCCGCCGCGUGUGCCUCAACGAAGCCUUCGACUUUGUGAAGAAGCGACGACAAGUCAUCUCACCAAACCUCGCCUUCAUGGGACAGCUCAUGCAGUUCGAGACGGACGUUUUGUGCCACUGAGCCGGGCGAGGUGGACGAACGGACGGACGGAUGGAUGGAUGGACUACAUCUUGAAGGCUUGAGAGCAUUUAGAAAUAGGUUGGACAUCUGUGUGCCCUCUGUUCUGACCCGAGAACAGUGGAUGUUAUUGUAUUUUCUCUUUCUUUUCGUUUCUGACUCCUGGCUUAUGUCAGCAGUGACACUACCAUUUGCCUGAGCUAAAUGACUAACAGGGUUUAACACCCUCAUCUUCUAUGGAUUCAUGUGAGAACUUAAAGGGCAGUCUGGUGCUGGAGAAGGCAAAGGUGUCUGUGAACAGUCACUCUCUAGAUGCUGCACUCUCACAGUGCACUUUUAUUUCUUUUUAGUUUUUGCUUUAAUCCAUUUUUUUUCCAUGACAAGCAAUAGUGUGUGUGUGUGUGUGUGUGUGUGUGUGUAUGUGUGUGUGUGGCUGCUGGUUUGUGUACAGAGGGCUAUUCUACCAAAAUAAUCAUUACAAAACUACAGUCUUUCCAUGGAUUUAGGUGAUAAGCAGUGUUUUUUUUUUUUUUUUUUCUUUUCACGGUUUUGCACUAGAAAACAAGGGGAAAAAGCCAUAUCCCUGAAUAUAAUGGAGCAUUUCAAAAUGUUUGUGUACAUUCAACGUUGUUUCCAUUGCACUGCACUUUAUAUGUGGAAAUUCAAAACGCUGGUUGACUACUGUUAUUUUCAUAUAGAAUAAAAGGUCAUUAAUUUAUGGAAAAAAAUCUUUUCUGCUUUUUUUUUCUGCUGUAGGCCUGCUAGUCAUCAUUACUUAAAAUAUUACUCAUGUUUUUCCCCAGAGUUACUCAUGCAUAUGAACUGAUGUAGGUUACAAGCACAGGGUUAUUUUAGCUUUCAUUUCAUGUUUCAUAACACCAGCCUCAAGUGUACAAAGCACUAAUUGCAUUUAAAAUGUAGUGGGUUGACAUUAAGGCUUUAUUACUGCCUGAAUGCGUACGGUCAUUCUUUGGAAUCUGACUGAUAACAUCCACUUAGAGGAAUGAAUAUUUUUUUUGUGAUUUAAAUCAAAUUCUAUCUGCAUAUAGUAUGUAUUUACAACAAGUAGUAUUUAAUACACCUGCUCUGUUCACCAGAGUGGUAUGCAAAAUAUUAUGCCUUAUUUUAGUAAAAAAUUAAAAGACUAAAAGUAAUUAGGAA